CUGUUAUGUAAUUAGGCUGCAGCAUGUGUCCGGCUGAGGGCUGGAAAUAAAGAGCAACGGUAUCCACCCGGUCGCUCUUUUCCACCAAGUAGGGAGGACCUGGGUUUGAACUGGCGGGGAAGCUUGUGAGGUCCAAGGAUGAAGAUCGCUGUGAUUGGUCAGAGUCUGUUUGGCCAGGAGGUUUACAAGGAGCUGAGGAAGGAGGGCCACACCAUCGUAGGAGUCUUCACCAUCCCUGACAAGGAUGGCAAGGCCGACCCACUGGCUGCCGAGGCAGAGAAGGACGGCGUGUCCGUGUUCAAGUUCCCCCGCUGGCGUGUGAAGGGCCAGGCCAUCCCAGAGGUGGUGGCCCAGUACAAAGCCACGGGCGCCGAGCUCAAUGUCAUGCCCUUCUGCUCCCAGUUCAUCCCCAUGGAGGUCAUCGACCACCCGAAGCACGGAUCCAUCAUCUACCACCCCUCGCUGCUGCCUCGCCACAGGGGCGCCUCCGCCAUCAACUGGACGCUGAUCCACGGCGACAAAAAGGGCGGCUUCACGGUGUUCUGGGCUGAUGACGGACUGGACACCGGGCCGGUCCUGCUGCAGAGGGAGUGUGACGUGGAGCCCAACGACACCGUCAACACCAUCUACAAGAGGUUUCUGUUCCCAGAGGGAGUGAAAGGCACCGUGGAGGCGGUGAGGCUGAUCGCGCAGGGGAAAGCUCCCAGGAUCCCCCAGCCAGAGGAGGGGGCCACAUACGAGUGCAUCCAGAAAAAAGACAACGCCAAGAUCGACUGGAACCAGUCGGCUGAAGCUCUGCACAACUGGAUCAGAGGGAACGACAAAGUGCCUGGAGCCUGGGCCGAGGUUGACGGACAGAAAGUGACUUUCUAUGGCUCCAGUCUGGUGGAUAACGGCACCACGGCUAACGGUCAGCCUCUAGACAUCCCAGGAGCGAGCCGCCCCGGCCUGGUCACCAAGUCGGGCCUGGUGCUUUUUGGCAACGACGGCAAGGCGUUGUUGGUGAAGAACCUGCAGUUUGAGGAUGGGAAGAUGAUCGCGGCGGCUCAGUACUUUCGCUCCGGCAGUAGUGCCGCCGUGGAGCUGACAGAGGAGGAGAAGGCUUUCGCUGAACAGAUGAGGGCGGUGUGGCAGAGCAUCCUGACCAACGUCGCUCAGAUCGAGGACUCCACCGAUUUCUUCAAGUCCGGCGCUGCUUCCAUGGACGUGGUCAGGCUGGUGGAGGAGGUGAAGCUGCGGGCCAGCAGCUGCCAGCUGCAGAACGAGGACGUCUACAUGAACACCUCCUUCCAAGACUUCAUCCAGAUGUGUGUGAGGAAGCUCCGCGGCGAGGACGACGAAGAGGAGCUGGUCGUCGACUACGUGGAGAAAAACAUCAACAACAUGACCGUCAAGAUGCCUCAUCAGCUGUUCAUCAACGGAGAGUUCGUGGAUGCCGAGGGAGGGAAGACCUACAAGACCAUCAACCCCACCGACGGCACGGCCAUCUGCGACGUGUCUCUGGCCCAGAUCAGCGACGUGGACAAGGCCGUGGCCGCCGCUAAGGAGGCCUUCGAGGAGGGCGAGUGGGGCAAAAUGAACCCAAGGGACCGAGGCAGACUCAUCCACAAGCUGGCUGACCUGAUGGAGGAGCACCAGGAGGAGCUGGCCACCAUCGAAGCCAUCGACUCCGGGGCGGUUUACACUCUCGCCCUCAAGACCCACGUCGGCAUGUCCAUCCAGACUUUCCGCUACUUCGCCGGCUGGUGCGACAAGAUCCAGGGCUGCACCAUCCCCAUCAACCAGGCCAGGCCCAAUCGCAACCUCACCUUCACCAAGAGGGAGCCAAUCGGAGUGUGUGCCAUCGUGAUUCCCUGGAACUAUCCUCUGAUGAUGCUGGCUUGGAAGACGGCCGCCUGCCUGGCAGCUGGAAACACGGUCGUCCUCAAACCCGCUCAGGUCACACCGCUGACAGCUGUGAAGUUUGCUGAGUUAGCUGCCAGGGCAGGAUUUCCCAAGGGCGUGAUCAAUAUUCUUCCUGGAUCAGGCUCCCUGGUGGGUCAGCGCCUGUCUGACCACCCUGACGUCCGUAAGCUGGGCUUCACCGGCUCCACCGAGAUCGGCAAACACAUCAUGAAGAGCUGUGCCGUCAGUAACGUGAAGAAAGUGUCUCUGGAGCUCGGAGGAAAAUCGCCGCUCAUCAUCUUCAGCGACUGUGACAUGGACAAGGCUGUGCGCAUGGGCAUGAGCUCUGUGUUCUUCAACAAGGGCGAGAACUGCAUCGCGGCUGGCAGACUGUUUGUGGAGGAGUCCAUUCACGACCAGUUUGUGAAGAGAGUGGUUGAGGAGAUGAAGAAGAUGAGGAUCGGCGACCCGCUGGACCGCUCCACAGAUCACGGCCCCCAGAACCACAAAGCCCACCUGGACAAGCUGGUGGAGUACUGCCAGACCGGAGUCAAGGAGGGCGCCACCCUGGUUUGUGGCGGCAAACAGGUGCAACGUCCAGGUUUCUUCUUCGAGCCCACGCUGUUCACCGAUGUGCAAGACCACAUGUACAUUGCUCAAGAGGAGUCGUUUGGGCCUGUCAUGAUAAUCUCCAAGUUCAAGAGCGGCGAGGUGGACGACGUCCUGAGAAGAGCCAACGCCACAGAGUACGGUCUGGCGUCAGGCGUUUUCACACGGGACAUCAGCAAAGCGUUGUACGUCAGCGAGAGGCUCAACGCCGGCACAGUCUUCGUCAACACCUACAACAAGACGGACGUGGCCGCGCCUUUCGGCGGCUUCAAGCAGUCCGGCUUCGGCAAAGAUCUGGGACAAGAGGCUCUCAACGAGUACCUGAAGACGAAGGCGGUGACCAUCGAGUAUUAAGGCUAUGAAGACGAAUACCUGCACCGAUGAUGGAGUGCUACAUCAGAAAACUGAGGAUGGAUGCAGUUGUGUCUAAUGCAUAGAUAUUAACAGAUAUGGAGAGGGAUCUGCAGGUACAUGUGAUAACACCGACACGCUGAUAUAAUUAACACCUCAACAAGCUCGUAGUCUCGAUUAAAUUUUAUGUACGUCCUCGCGGAACAGCUCAUGUCAGCCGAGCUGCUCCUCUCUCCCUGUUUGUGACGGCUGACAGCGACCAGUGCCUUAACAUUUGUCUAACUCACAUGAAUGUACAACCCCAUCAGUCUCACACCAAUGAGCCACAGUGUGAUCAGUGUAAGUAUUGCCCUGAACUUUGUUUAUAGAUGUAGUCAGACACUGACCUUGGAGACCGUUUUGUAAUCACUGUGAUAGGGAAAUCGAACAAAUUGUAUUAAUUAUCUCAUAUGGCUUGCAUUAGGUCAGUGCAAUCUGAUGACAUGUAACAUUUCUAAUAGACUUCUGGUUCUUAUUGAUGAAAAACUCCUUUUUCCGCCUUUUUCCGACACUGAUUGGGAAACGUCGAAACGCAGUGGGUAGAAAACGGGUGUCGAAACUCAUUCAAUGCAUUGGACUCCUUUUGACUGAAUUAAAUUCCUGUUUACAAGCUGAA